UUACCGCUGUUGUUCCUCUUUGAUCGGCACACCUUUUGCGUCUUUACAAGUUUCCCCAAACCAUCAAACUUCCUGAGUCAACAAUCGUCAAAAUCUUUCACUCGUCUUCUUCGCAAAGCACAAGCCCAGCCCUAGCCCUAGCCAUGGCUAUCAGCAUCACAGACUACGAAUCCAAUUGCGACACCCACGACCUUUACAGAGUAGAUUUCUUCGAUGACAAUAUCGAAACCCUAGUCACGCACACUCCGUCCAAGGUGAGGUCUUGGAUCCAGAAAAUCAAAUACGUACACCGUUUCAGGCUCCACGAACUCAUCGUCGGCCUCGACGUUGAGUGGCGCCCAUCCUUCACCCAAGACGUCACCAACCCUGUAGCAAUCCUGCAACUAUGCGUCGGCCACAAUUGCCUCAUUUUUCAGCUCUGCUACUGCGAUCGGAUCCCCAAGUGCCUCUUUGACUUUCUUGCGAAUCCGAGCUUUACCUUUGUGGGCGUCGGGGUACAGGAAGAUGUUCGAAAGCUGGCGGAUGAUUAUGGCCUGGAGGUAGCGAAUUCUGUGGAUCUUAGGGUUGUGGAGGCGAGGCGCAACGGGUGGAAGCGGCCCCGGAGCGUGAGCCUGAAGGACAUGGCAUCGGAGGUUCUAGGGCAGGAGUUUCAGAAGCCGAAGAGUAUUACUUUGAGUCACUGGGACAAGCCAUACCUCUCGCCUGCGCAAGUCAAAUAUGCUUGUGUUGAUGCCUUUGUUUCUUUCGAAAUUGGCAGGGUGCUGAGCGCAGCAGAGGAUUAAAUAAAACAUGUGGGCU